ACUACCACAUAUUCGUCGGCGACCUGAGUCCAGAAAUAGAGACACAGACGCUUAGAGAAGCCUUCGCCCCUUUCGGUGAAAUUUCGGACUGUAGAGUAGUGAGGGAUCCGCAGACACUGAAAUCCAAAGGAUAUGGCUUCGUCUCUUUCGUCAAGAAGGCGGAAGCGGAGAGCGCGAUCGCAGCGAUGAACGGCCAGUGGCUGGGAAGCCGCAGCAUCCGAACCAACUGGGCGACCAGAAAGCCACCGGCCCCCAAGAACGAAGUGAACACGAAGCCGCUGACGUUCGACGAGGUGUACAACCAGUCGAGCCCCACCAACUGCACCGUCUACUGCGGGGGCCUCACCAACGGCCUCACCGAGGAGCUCAUGCAGAAGACUUUCUCGCCCUUCGGAAACAUACAGGAGAUACGCGUCUUCAAAGACAAAGGAUACGCCUUCGUGAGGUUCUCCACCAAAGAGUCGGCUACGCACGCCAUCGUGGCCGUGCACAACACGGACAUCAACGGACAGACCGUCAAGUGCUCCUGGGGGAAGGAGUCGGGUGACCCAAACAACGCACAGGCAGCAGGACAGCCGCUGACGGGAGCCCAGUAUCCGUACGCUUACGGGCAGCAGAUGGGCUACUGGUACCCUCAGAGCUACCCCACCACCGCCGCCACCGCCGCCGCCGCGCAGAUGCAGGGCCAGUUCCUGCAGGGCAUGCAGGGAUACACCUACGGCCAGUUCGGAUACCAACAAGGCUACAUGGGGAUGGGCAUGCAGCUGCCAGCCGCCUGGCAGGGCAUGCCGGGCCAGCCGCAGAUCCCGGCGGCGGCGCAGCAGAUGGCGGCAGCGGCUCAGGGCGCGGCCAUGCAGCAGCCGGCCGGCAUGAUGGCCUACCCCAUGCAGCAGUUCCAGGCACAGUGAUAUGCAUAUGAUACAGUAGCCGGGCGGUCAGCCUCGGCAGCCAAUCCACGCUCGUUAAACCAAGUGAUAACUCAACCUUGCAUGAGUAACAGAUAUACGUAACUACAGAACCACCUGCACCGCCAUUCCGCUAGGCCUGCUGCAGCCUGCAACCUCUAUAUAUAUAUAUUAUAUAAAUAAAUAAAUAAAUAUAACUGUAAUGGUAGAAAGCCCAAGGCUAGCUGUACACCCACCUGUGUCAGGCAUUAUGGUCUCAAUACCGGAAAGUCAAUAGUAGCUAGAAAAAAAAAGAAAAAAAAUGAAAAAACCGCACGGUGGCUAGCGACUACUUCAAGCCCACUCUGUCGCAGCUGCACUAAAAUCCAUCCAUUUUUCUCAACAGAUUGAAAAGGAAAAAGUUUCACGUUUGUUCCGAGGAGCACUGUAACAUUGUAAUUAAAGCUGAAACACCCUGUGUUGCGUCGUGAUUGCUUCGAAAAGCGGUACCUGGGUACCUCCCAUCGAAGCAUCGCAGACGUAACAUUCAGAGCGCCGCCAUACUUGAUUCGUUCUCGGAAACGAUCGUUGCAUACUCUUACGAACUGUGAAUCCAACAAUAACUGCGCUUAUUUUAGUUUCAUCCACUCAAAUUUCAGACGUUAGGAGGCCUGAAUAGGAAAAAAAAGAAAGCGUUUGUUGUUCCCUUAAGCUGCCUUACUACAAUCCAAAAGACUGUGUGGAAUGUUCAAACAAGAUCGCUGCCGAACUUUCUAAACAUGUUUAACCAAUAUUUCCCCCUGCAUUUUCGGUUCACAACACAUACAACUGCAGUGACAGAACAUCUACACGAUCCCACUUCGAAGCAUUUUAUACAGAAUGUCAGACAAACAAAGGGCACGUAGAUUUCGUGGUUAUUUUUAUACAAACUUUGUAAGCAUUCAUAUAAAUAAUGUGUCAACUGAAAUAAAAACUGCCGUAGAGAAACGUACUGCUGUUAUAAAUAGCGAGCUUCCGACGUAAAUACCAAUAUCACUAGUUCAGCUGUCAAAUAUAGGGGAAAAAGCACAGUUAUUGUUCAUUCUCUGAAACAUAUUUUAUUAAGCAUUUUUUCUGAACGAUCACUGUAGAAAGAGUCAAAUAUGGCCGCCAAAUUCAGGCACUUCACUAAAACUAUAUAUUUAUUCAAAUGAAACAAUAGAUUUCUUAGAAGACUCUAACAUUUUGUACAAUCCAUUUGGUCAUAGAUUUUUAUUAACCUAGUGUUAUUAAGAGAAUGACUCUGUAAAUAAGUCAGUGUAAGUACAUUCCACACUGGAUGUGCAUAUGAUUCUGCCUACAAGAAAAGGCACAAAACCGUUGUCUAUGCGUCAUUUCUUCAGAGAAGAAAAAUAUUUUAAUCAUAACUAAGAAAUUGAUUGCAUUAGUAAGCUAACGCUGAAGUCCUGAAAUUUGUUUCGUAGACAGCUGUAUUUUAUUUCUUUCGCCUUCAAGUGUGGUAUGUAUAUCAACAAACAGGAACUUUCUCCAUGAGGCUCGUUUGCAUGAUACUGGAGACAGGAGCCGUUGUUAAUUUGUUUCCUUUGUUCUUCCGUCAUCAGAUACACAUGAAAUUACUCGGCACCUUUACCUACCCAUGAACCACGUAGAAGCACCCAACACGCCUUCUUUUGACACCACAUUUCUUUCUCUCGUAGUACAGCAACCAGGCAUUCUUUCACGGGUUUCAUAUCUGUUCCUACUAGCAAGCACAUCUUUCAUGGCAGCUGCAAAAGAGUAACCGCACUUCGAACGAACGACUGUCAAAUCUUCGUAGCUUCAUCAUGGAUCCCUGUAGUUUUGUUUACGCGGAUCGUCGUCAUCUUUCAAAUAUACCUAAGAGAGGGGAAGAAACACAUUACAAUAUGUUUGUUUUUCUCACUUUAGUUUCAUUGUUUAUUUUCUUACUCUCCCCCUUCCACUUUAUUUUGAUUUUGCGGUGACGUGCGACAAGUCACGAGCAUGGCAGCAGGCACAGUUCGCGAAGAAACCUGCUCCAGAUCUUCCGCAGCGAAUCCGCAAUUCCGGAGGCGCGUCCAAAAUUGCACGUCGCAAAUCGCGCUUCUAAACUUGCGCGCGUAAGCUCUCGCGUCAGAAAUCUCAUCGCUUCGCUUGUAGCGCACGGAAGACGACUUGCGGCGGACGGGAGCAUUUAUAUUCGCGAACUGUGCCCACCGCCGAGACCUCCCCCUGUCCAAUCCCGCGCCCUGGUGUGUCUGCUGAACUGUCGCCUCGCGCGCUCAACCUUCUUCCCUGGUAGCUCAAGAUGUGAUGUUUGUUUUGGCCGGCGCGCGGCUUCCGCAGUUGGCAGACGACGAUUGGCUAGCUCCCAGUCUCCUGGUCUGAUGGUAAGACGGCCAGGCCGCGAGCGACGAGUGUGAGUAGAGAGAGUGGUCGUGGUGUUGGUGGUGGUGGUGGUGACGGUGGUGACGAUGACCCGCUGGGCUCGAGCGCACGCCCUCGCCGCUCUGCCCGACCCCUGCAAACAGCCAAAACUCUUGCAUGCUAAUUCUUCACUUCAAUUUCUGUUCUGUUCUCAAACAACAAAAAAAUCAACAACUACUAUUACAACAAAAAACACUUAGAAAUAAAAGUAACAAGGAUACACAUUCGUAGAAAAAAAACUGUGCAGAUCUUUUUUUUUAAUUAUAUAUAUAUAUAUAGGAGCUUAUGAGGUGUUGGGGCAAAACUUGACAAAAGUUAUAAAUCAGAAGAUUGCCUGAAUCAGUCUCAUAAUGCUGAAUGUAGGUUGUGUUUCGACACAUGAGAAAAAAUUUUCAAACACGAACAUAAAUACUGAGUGAAAAUGGAGUCUGUCAUACUUGAGAAUACUACAUAGAUAUAAUUUAGGGAAAAUGAACCUGACUUGUGUGAAACAGAAAGAAUCUAAAAUUUGGGGUGGGGCUUAUUUUCAUAGUACCGAGAAGUGUGGAUAACAUGGUUCAUGUGUACUUGUUAAAUGAUAAGAAAAUAUAAGGGUCAUCCCUUAUAAUAUGUACAAAGUUCAGUGUAGCUAGCAGAGACAGAAAAUACCCUUAUGUAGAUUGUAGAUAUUCACACCUUAGGUCAUAAAACAAUGGGAGUGUCAGGAAGAAUUAACAUUCUCUCCUGAAGAUCGGUUAUUGAUGAUUAUAAGAGGAAAAUACCAAAAAAGAUAGAAAUGAGGUAACCAUGCUAGUUAUUUAGACUAGAUUUUAAAUGUAGUGUCGAUAAAUAGGAAUAUGUAACCCAAUGUUAAAACUGUAUCCGCCGUGAAAACCAAAAUAAUCGCAUAGUAAGUUGGCUGAGGUGUCUAAUCCACUGUACACAGAGGGAAUUUUAUAUAUAUUUAAGAAAGAUAACCACUGAAAUAAUAAUAUAUAUUAUAUAACGUGAAAGACGGACAGUAGGAGUAAACUUAGAUAAAAAUUAGUGUUGUUUGUAGGAUGCCAUUUAAGAAAUCGGCAUAGUGAAAAACAUAGUGCUAGUAUUCGUAGCUUUUGGAAUGGUUUGUAUAUACGUGAGGAUAGUGUUGUUAAUUCCUUCUGCUUGUUUCAGAUUUGACACCUCAGCUGAAAAAAAAUAUAUUGUAGUAGGCAUAACAAAUUAUAUGUAUGUGACCUUCCCUUUUCUCCCCACUCCUUUACCCCGUUUUUGUUGGUCACUGCAAAACACUUGACUCAAUGUCUUGCGGCAUUCAUCAUUAGCAAAAUCUAAAGCCAGUGAUAAGCAGCUCCUCUUUCCCUGCUGGGAAAUGAAAGACUGAUAUCAGAAGCAAAGAUUUUUAAAUAUAAUGCGAAAAAAUUACAGUAUGAAUUACAGUUUUUGCCGUUGGUAUUUGCAGUUUAUUUAAUAGAGCAACAGAUCGUCGAAACAGUUACUGGAAAUAAUGUUUUUAGUGAGACGAUAUCGCAGGGCAGUGUUCAACUUUUUUGCAGUGUGUUCUUCCUAUAACACCACCAAUAUCAUCACAUUAGCCACUGGGCUUGUGCAAAUCAUUUACAGAACGUUGUUUAAUCUUAGGCAUGGCAACCUAUUUGAAAGAAAAGACAGGUUUAACCAACAGCAUCACAGUAUAAAUAUGCACAUGUUGUUAAAAGAUACAAGCUUAUUGCCACUGUAUCCUUACACAACAACACAUUACUCAAAAAGAGUGAGAUUGGCUUCCAUCUCACCUGCAUAAAAAUGUUAAUGUAACUGGAAAUAUUUUGACUUGUGAAUGAAGUGGUUCAUAGUUUAAAUGACGAAACAAGCACAGCAGUCAUAUAAUUUUAUAUAAAGGUGUAAUUAGAAUAUAGCAAGGUUUGCUGUUUCUUAUUUUUAAAAGAAAUUCGAACGGAGAUUUAUUACUACACGCAUUAUUGCAAAUGGUGUUUUCAUUCAAUUUUGAAAUUUUAAGAAAAGAUAUAUAAAGAAUUUAAUUUACUAUCAGAUCCUACUUAGUUACACAAUGAUAGAUUUAUAAAUACUAACUUUAUUGCAAGUUAAAAAAGCAAAGCUCCAAUUUGAUAUAUUUGCAAAUAUUUUGUAAUAAUUAGUUUUUCAUUUUGUACAAAGUGACUAUUUUUGUUAAAUAUUUAAAUCAAAUAAACUUAAGAGUUUUAGGAAAGGAAAUAUACAUGAACACUACAAAUAUUUGCAAGACAUUAAAUGGAGAGUUAGAAGAUUUUGAAUUAUUUUAUAAAGAUAUUCACCAGAUGUUGCCCUAUGCCCAUAGUGGUGAUUUGACAUGUUAUGUAUUCUCUCCCCCCCUUAAACCCACUCCUUGUUCCCUAGAGAUGUUGCUUGGUAAUAUCAGGUUGUUUCUUCAAAUGACACUUUGUUUCCAACAUGUUGGUGUUUAGUGUUAAGUUGCUUAAUGUGUAUCAGUAAAUACAUUGCAAUUUUUAAAGAAAAAAUUGCUUAUAUCAUGAAAGUUAUCAAUUUAAAAUAGCCUAAACGUGGUGCCAUGAAUGGUGGAGAAUAUUUUGUACUCUGUGAGUGGAAGUGAAGUGUUUUGAUACAAGAUUUAAAGAAAAACACAAAAAAAUCCGACAAGUAUUAAUAUUGGAAUCGCUUAAUUUGACAUAAUGUGAACUGUCGUUGAGAUUAUGUUGUUUGUAAGACACAGUAAUUUGCACACUAGAUGUAGUUGCACUCAAAAUAGCAAAUGUGUGUGUGUAUUUGUUUUCUAUGUGAUGGAAGGAAGCCACGUGAAUGUAAAUAAAUGUGAAAAUAUGUGAAAUUUCCCUUCGUGUAUUUCCUACAGAUAAAUAGGUGAAAAGAUGCAGCUAGACAUAAUUUAUCACACGUAAAUGAACCGUUAUCAAUUGAAGUUGCAACGAACUAUAAUGUAAGCCAUCGAGCUGUGAAUGUCACAAGCCAUAGUAUAUUAUUAAAAGCAUGUUCAAUGAUAAUGUGAAAGCACUGUAAUUUAUUUUUUGUGGGGGGAGGGAGGGAAACAAAAAGAGCUUCCAGUCAUAAGUAUGAUUCUCUAUAUUUUUGGUAUAGUGUGUUCCGGAAGAAGAUUGGAAGUAUUUCGAAUAAGAGAGAACUAUAAGUUGAUCAUCCUAACGGUAGCACGAACUUACAUCAUAUUCGCUGAGUGAACAAACUAAUGUAAUUGCUGAACAGAUAAGUCAGUUUUUGACUGUUUCCACCUGCUGGAAGAAGAAUGACUGCAGGAUGCGUACAUACUGCUCUGGAGCUUUUGAGUUUUUUUUUCUCGCAACGCUGAAGCUAACAACAUCUCCAGUGACACGUUUCUCCUGCUAGCUACGUUCAGUGCGCAUUAGAGUUGUGUGAAGGUCACAAUGAUCUGACGAUGGAAAAAUGUCAAAUCAUAUCAGAAGUGUAGCCUUGAGUAAAUUAAUGACAUAUUUUUGACGGAAGGAGAAAUGUAAGCGUGAAUGAUGAAGGGUCUGUACUUUCGCUCGUAUACGGUUUGCGCUGGGCAGUAGCGACCAGGAGAAAUCUGUCUACGGGAGAUGUUGUCAUGGGUAGAAUAUCAUGACUGAUGCAGAAAGCAAUCUAGCAAAUGAGAUCAACCUAGGACCUCGCCCUCCUCACACACACACACACUCACCCACCCCUGUACUCUGUGUAGCAAGUGUUUUAUACCAGCAACAAAAGUAACAUGUAAUGAAUAGUCCCAUAUGCUGGGGGUGAAAAAUGGUAUGUUAAAUAUAACCUAAGAAGUGAACCAAAAUGUAGAUAGCCUGAAACGAAUACCUAGAUUGGUAGUGGAGAAUGGAAUUGAGAAUAAAGAAAGUUAUAAUAAAA